UGCAGCUUAAAGGACAGGUUAAAGCCACCCAUGCAAUGUGACUACAUCGUCUUGUACAGCCCCUGCCUACAGGAAAGGUACAGAGCUUCCAGAGAGAUGCCACAUGCUUUGACUCAUGGCUCUUUCCUCUAGCUUCACAACCAAGUGAACCAUCAGUUCCAUGACUCCAAACUCUGGUUUCAAAGUCAUCUCAUUACUGGAGAGUCAAGGAGGCCGGUAGCUGGCUCGGGCGGGGCGGUGGCUGGCACCGGCUCGGGACUCUGCCCGGCCUGGGCGGCGGCGGCUGGGAGAGCGACGACGUGGAGCGGCCACGUGGAGCAACUCGGGGCGGGUCGGCCACCACCCGGGCGGCGAGGUGCGGAGGCGAGGCCGGCAGCCUGGAGCGCGCAGGGAGCCGGAGCCCCAGCCCCGCGGGCACCGCAGCAGCACUGGAGGAACAUUCCCUGCCCCUGCCACGCAGUCCUCAGGAUUCAGCACCUCCAGCCCCUGGGAGACAGGUCCAGCUCCAAGAAGAAUGGUACCUUGGAUCAUGAGUGCAUUCAUACUGCCACUGCUCCUGCUCCCACUGGGCCAAGCUGCUCCCAAGGAUGGAGCCAUCAGGCCAGCCCCUGAAGAACAGCAGCGGCUCCUGCCCAACCCCUUUGAGCCAGGUCCAGAGCAGCUUCGGCUUCUGCAGAACUACCUGAAGGGCCUGGGGAAGAUGAAAAGGGAAGAGGAGCCAGAGGCCAUGAACCGGGAGCAGGUUCUCCUCUACCUCUUUGCACUCCAUGACUACGACCAGAGUGGACAGCUGGACGGCCUGGAGCUCUUGGUCAUGCUGACAGCAGCUCUAGCCCCUGGACUCGCUGACUUUCCCAUCAACCCAGUGAUCCUGGUUGUGGACAAGGUGCUUGAGACCCAGGACCUGAAUGGAGAUGGGCUCCUAACCCCGGCAGAGCUCGUCAGCUUCCCAGGAGAAGCCCCCCGGCAUACAGAGCUCCCAGGACUCCUAGUCCCAGCUCUGCAGGAGCCCCAAGCUACUGGGAGGCAGGCCCUAUCUGCUAAAAGCCCACUGAGACAAGAAACCCAGGAAGCCCUGGGAUCCAGGGAAGAGGCAUGGGGCCAGGAAGCAGCCGGAAGGGAGGCUUUGCAGCCUCUACAGGAAGCUGCACAUAAACCAGGAACUGAAGGCGAUGCCCCAGCUUCCCUCGUCCCUGAAGCCAGGGGACAGGAAGUGGCUGAAGAUCCCCCAGGUUCUGAAGGAGAGGCUAGGGAACAGGUAGAGGUGGAAGGAGGAUAUGUCCCAGGUCCCAGACAAGAUGCUGAGGAAGAGGCAGAGGCCAAGGACAAUGGCGGGGAGGUCCUUCUGGGGGAAACACUGGAGUCCAAGAACCUCCCAAACGAGUUUGAGGUUCAUAGUAUUCAACUGGAGAAUGAUGAGAUAUAGACAUUGAGGAUACAGGCUUGCAACUCUCAAAAUCUCAGUGUCAGGACACAAGCCUAAGGGGACAAGAGCCACCUUGGAACUGGAUGUAAUGGCCCAGACUAGUGAUCCCAGCACUCAGAACACAAAAGCAGGAAGGUAGUGUGUUCAAGGCCAGCCUAGACUACAUAGUGAGACCUUGUCUCAAAACCAAAAGAAUAUAAACCAAUUUCUGUGGCCCCUUUGGGGGCAACAGCAGGAGACAUGUCUUUCUGUGUAGUUCAAGGAGACCCUAAACUGAGAGACAACAUUCAGAUUCAGACAACCAAUAAAG